GGGAGCGUGUGGGAGAGGCGCACAGAUUCUGUCUAACGGAGAAGGAAACGGGCGAAAAACAUGACUCACAAUCGCCCCGGAGAAGGUUUCCACCUUGAAGGAAUAAAACUAUUUUUCCCGUUCUGAGAAGGACGAGUAUACGAGGACAGUAAGUGCGAGAGAAGAAAGCGGAAGCAGACUGACGAGUGGGCCCGUCAAGAAGCGAAAGGCAGCAAGCUCAGGAACUCUGGAAUUGGUUUCUUUUGUUUACUCCGAGGCGACUCUGAAGUUUUGGCUUGUUGCAGUUCAGUCGCUGUUUGCGAUAUUACUAGCGAGUAAUUACCUCAGAGACUCGACCUCUUCCUGGACCGUGUUAUUGUGCCGGUGUUUCGGAGUGUAACGCGGCCCGUCGUCGGCUUUUGUCUAACGCGGGGAACAUUCGGCCCCAGCGCACAGACCCUGGAGCUAUACUGCCUCUCGAUAUUUCCUCCGCUUCUGAACCGGAGCUGAAAGAGUUCCUCGGCUGAGGUGAAGUGUUCCCGUGCUGGUGGUUCGUCACUUUGCGCCAGCCGGCGGUCCCGUUGACUCGUGAAUGCUCAAGUACAGUUAGAGUAACUUUGUGUGGAGCUACACACCUCUGAAGCAACAAGGCGCAUUGGAUUGCGCAAAAAAGUGCUUCUUGUUAAGGCUGAGUGUAUACUAAUAUUGUUUGGCUAAUAAAAGGGCGCCUUUUUAGCCUGACAGAGGGCAGCCACCUCUUGCUGUAGGCUUUGAAGGGAAACGGCACAGGACUCCGUGGAGCUCAGGCUGAAUAUACUGUGUGACUUUCUCGGUGCAGGCUGUUUGUGUCACUGGAUUAGUCUGAGUGAUCACAUCACUCUGUGCUGUCCUACUCUGUCUGGCAACGAGUCCCCCAGAAAGCACCAGUAAUUGGGGCUAUUUUUAGUGUCAGGGAUGGGGUAAAAGCAGGCAGCUGGAAACCCAACUCCCCUCCAUCUCCUUCUCUUCCAUCCCAUCUAUCAUCCUACCUCGCUCGUCCACCUGGCAGUAUGCUUGGCGAGCCUGGUUAGCACAGGUUCCACUUACAGCUAGUUGAGGUGGCUUAUAAGUAGUCUGGAAAAACAGCAACAACUGGACAUACUCUGCUGCAUAAUAAUAAUAAUAAAAAAAAAGAUGUGCUUGAAUCAUACUGACCAUGUAGUCUAAGGAACCUAGCAAAACUAGCAGUCCUGUGCUCCACUAGUCAAAUCUGCAGCGGACACAAAGCCCGUUCUGGAUUGCUCCUGAAAUGGCUGAAGAACUAGCUACUUACUUUUGGUUUAUUCUGGCCAGGACUUACUGAACGUAUCAAAGAGACUCUAUGCCUUUAUCCCUGGGACGUUUGGCCUCAACGCGUAAUCGCAGUAGACACUAGAUUCGAUAAAACGCUUGCUUUUGACUACCUGAAAGAUCAGUCACCAGCGACCUGGAGUGAUAUACACCUCCAGCGCACAGAAAGAAUGCAUGAAACUGCCAAAACCAACCUAACGAAAAACUGACCUGACUAACCAAAUAUUCUUUCCCUUCCACUCACAUGUCUGCAGAGAGACAGAAUAUAUAUCUAUAUGUACCAUGAGAGAUCUAUAUAUAGUGUAACACCACAAAAGACAGAAAUUACAUCCUUUAUAUUUUUACUUCCGAGAGACAAGCUGCCUGUACACCAUUUGGUUGCCUUAGAAACCACAGUCACAAAAGAUUAAAAAAACAUUUUUUUUAAAAACAAGCCAGAGAAGACGGUGCCUUUUGAUUGGUUGGUUGGUUGGUUUCCCACCACGUCAAGAUUCCUUUUUUAGUUGGAUGUAAACUUUUGAAGCAAACUCUGGGAUUGAUGACAGUUACCUGACCCGCACGAGUUCUGCUCGUCUGUCACAGCUUUUUGAUUGACACUGUUUCCCUGCUGCAUUGGACAUUUCCAAGCAUUUCCAUGGUUGUCACGUCAUCAUCUGUGGAAGACCAGACUGUGCCCACUUGCAGGAUGGUCCAGUCAGAACCUUGGAUCGCCUCAGCCCUGCUCCGCAAGAACAAGAGUGUAAGCAGCUCAGGAUGUCCGCCCACCUCCUCCUCCUCCUCCUCCUCCUCCUCCUCCUCCUCCACUGCCCAGGGCUUCUCCCUCGCUGAGCCAGCCAUGACCAGCCAGCACUCACAUACACACCCCUCCUUCAGCUCCAUCCACUCCAUGGCCGAGCAGCAGCAGGUGCUGUCUGAUAUGACCAUACUCCAGCGGAGAAUUCCCCCUAGUUUCAGAGACCCUGCCAGCGCUCCAUUGAGAAAACUCUCUGUUGACCUCAUCAAAACUUAUAAGCACAUCAAUGAGGUGUACUAUACUAAGAAGAAGCGGCGGGCCCAGCAGGUCCCUCCUGAGGACAGCAGCACGAAGAAGGAGAGAAAAAUCUAUAACGAUGGCUAUGACGAUGACAAUUAUGACUACAUUGUGAAAAAUGGAGAAAAGUGGCUGGACCGCUAUGAGAUAGACUCACUGAUUGGGAAAGGCUCUUUCGGACAGGUGGUAAAGGCCUACGACCACCAUGAGCAGGAGUGGGUUGCCAUUAAGAUCAUUAAGAACAAAAAGGCAUUUUUGAACCAGGCACAGAUAGAACUACGCCUGCUGGAGCUCAUGAACAAGCAUGACACUGAGAUGAAAUAUUACAUAGUCCACCUGAAGCGUCACUUUAUGUUUAGGAACCAUCUCUGUUUGGUGUUUGAGUUGUUGAGCUACAACCUGUACGAUCUGCUGAGGAACACCAAUUUCAGAGGAGUUUCCCUCAACCUCACCAGGAAAUUUGCACAGCAGCUCUGUACAGCACUAUUAUUCCUGGCCACUCCGGAGCUGUCAAUCAUCCACUGCGACCUGAAACCAGAGAACAUACUGCUGUGUAACCCCAAGAGAUCAGCCAUCAAAAUAGUCGAUUUUGGAUCCUCCUGCCAGCUUGGACAGAGAAUCUAUCAGUACAUCCAGAGCAGGUUUUACCGCUCUCCCGAGGUUCUGUUGGGAAUGCCGUAUGACCUGGCUAUCGACAUGUGGUCUCUGGGAUGCAUCCUUGUGGAGAUGCACACAGGGGAGCCUCUCUUCAGCGGCUCCAAUGAGGUUGACCAGAUGAAUAAAAUUGUGGAGGUUCUGGGAGUUCCACCCAGCCACAUGCUGGAUGCAGCUCCUAAAGCCAGGAAGUAUUUUGACAAGCUGUCAGAUGGUCUGUGGACGGUGAAGAAGAACAAGGAUGUCAAGAAGGAGUAUAAGCCCCCAGCCACACGGCGUCUACAUGAGAUUUUGGGUGUUGAGACUGGGGGUCCAGGGGGCCGGCGGGCAGGAGAACCAGGACACGCCCCUUGUGACUACCUAAAGUUUAAAGACCUGAUCCUGCGCAUGCUGGACUACGACCCUAAAAGCCGCAUCACGCCAUUCUAUGCCCUGCAGCACAAUUUCUUCAAGAAAACAACAGAUGAAGGAACCAAUACUAGUUCAUCUACAUCCACCUCUCCUGCCAUGGACCACUCUCAUUCUGCCUCCACUACUAGCUCUGUUUCUAGCUCUGGUGGCUCCAGUGGUUCUUCCAAUGACAACCGCAACUACCGCUACAGUAAUCGUUACUACAACUCUGCUGUUACACAUUCAGACUAUGAGAUGACCAGCCCUCAGGCUCCCUCACAGCAGCAGAUGAGAAUGUGGCCAGGCAGUGAUGGCGGAGGUGGGGGUCAGGAUCCAGGAUACACCCAGUUGCUGCUCCAUAAGCCAGCUGCCUCCCAACAACACCAGCGCCACUUCUUGGACCCGCCCCACCACCCACACCCAACUUACUCCCACCAUGGGAAUGGUGGCCGUGGCCUGAGGCAGGGUGGACAGACAGGCAUCGGCGGAGGGGGGGGCCCACAGGGAUCCUCGCCCCAGAUGAGUGACAGCAUGGAUGUGAGUGUAUCCCUGGGGCUGCACCACCUGGGGGCGGUGUCUUCCAUGGAGGCCUCUCAGUUUGGCUCUGCAUCUCUGCCCCUUGCUCUGCCAAUCGGACUGUCUGCCUUCCGGACUCGGACGGCUCCCACCGCCCCAGGGCCACAAGCCCAGCCCCCUGAAGACUACUACCCUGCCUCCAACAACAAUAACCCCACUGGGGGAGGCAGAGGGAGGCCGGACUCAGACGAGGGGCCAGCCAACUCUUGAUAAAACCUGAACCAUGCCCUAAAGCCAUACAAUUUUAACUACAACUACUACAACUACACACAUACAGCCAGAGUUCAGAGACAAAGAGGUGAACUUUGUGCUGAAGGAGACUUUGUACUGCAUGAGAGGAGGAGGAAGAAGGAGGAGGAUGCUGGGAAAACUCCUUUUUCCUGUUUUAGUUUGUCUUUGUCGCGCCUGUAACUGGAAAGGAAUGAUUGUGACGAGUUUGUUUUUAUUAAUUUUAGUGUUGAUUAAUAUCAUUUGAUUUUUCUCGGGUUUGAGGAGUUGUGUGUUCUGUGUGGUUGUUGUUUGAGUCUGGAGAGGAGGAGGAGGAGGAUGAAGGGGAAAGAGAGAGAAGUUCUGUUUUUCCAUUUUAUUCCAUAAAGUAGCUGUAAGCCGAAGGAGGGCUCAUGCUCACGUUAGUCUGUUCAUGUUUGCACACGUGCGUGCGUGCAUGUGUGUUUGUAAGAUAUGAGAUCAGAUUUGUAGCAGGCCCCCCCCCCGUGCUCACGCUGAUCUGGGACGGACGGUGUCUAUUGAUCAGUCUGACAUGUCGAAUUCAGGUCACAGUUGAAGUGAAAAGGACCCAUUUUGAAAAUAGGUGUAAAUGCAGGCAGGAGGCUAUACAUAUAUACAUAAAUAUAUAUAUAUAUACAUAUAUAUAUAUAUAUAUAUAAUAUGCAUAUGUAUGUGUGUAUAUAUAAAUGUACUGCUACACGAAGAACACAGAGGCGAUUUGAAAGGUUGUGAUUCAGGACUGGUGGAUUCUCUCUCGUUUUUCUUUGCGUUUGUGUUCUUCCUCUGAUGUUCUCUUGGUCGCAACAGCACGGACAGCGAGAGGGAGACGGAGGGAGAAGGUGGUCACGGGACACUGAUGCCUUGCUGACACUCACAGGGAUCUCCUCCUCCUCCUUCUCUGCCUCACGCUCUCCCUGCUUUCCUCUUCCUCUCCUUCUCCUGUUGUGUUUCUCCUCCAGACAGCUCCUCCUCUCUGUGCUGCUAAUCACCAUGACAACUGGUCCGGAUUGCUGCUAAAGAUCCAACACAGAUCAAUAAAAAAAUAAAAAGAAAUAGAAACAGAAAUUUAAAAAAACUUUUUAACCCUUCUGCUUAAGAGAAAAGGAUAAAGUAAGAACCACUGCAUCUCAAUGUAUUUAUUACUAUUUAACAAGAAAAAAACAAACUGAAAGUAACCCUUUUUUCUGCUCUUCUUUGUUUGGUUGCCUUCUUUCUGCAGGUGAGCUCUGAUUGGCUAUUGUAACAGUGACAGUAACUGGUGACAUGGGAAUGCCACUGGUUGUGGGGCUGGGUGGAGGGUAAGGGUUGGGGCAAAAUAAAGUUGGAUAUAUAAUAAGAAUAAAGAGUAUACUUUUGCACACCAAA